UAAUAAUCAAUUUUUGUUUAGUUCCAAACAUGGACUCUAAUAGGCUGCAUGAGCUCAAAGCAUUUGAUGACACAAAAACCGGUGUUAAAGGCCUUGUUGAUAAAGGUGUUGUCAAAAUCCCAACAUUAUUUCACCACCCACUUGAUAAAUUUGGAAAGGCCACAAAUUCAAACAAUACACAACACAUUAUUCCUAUUAUAGACUUUGCAAAUUUUGGUAAUGAUCCAAAAACAAGACAUGAAAUUACAAGCAAAAUAAGGGAAGCAUGUGAGACAUGGGGUUUCUUUCAAGUGGUCAAUCAUGGCAUUCCUUUGAAUGUUCUUGAGGAUAUGAGAAAUGGAGUGAUUAGAUUCUUUGAACAAGAUGUUGAAGUGAAAAAAGAGUUAUAUUCUCGUGAUCCAAUGAGGCCAUUUUCAUACAAUAGCAAUUUUAAUCUUUAUAGUUCAUCAGCACUCAAUUGGAGGGAUACUUUUGUGUGUUCCUUGGCUCCUAAUGCUCCUAAACCACAAGACUUGCCACUAGUAUGCAGGGAUGAACUUUUGGAAUAUGGUGAAUAUGUAACGAAACUUGGAAUGACACUCUUUGAAUUACUAUCAGAAGCUCUUGGAUUGCAUCCAAACCAUUUAAAAGACAUGGGUUGUGCUAAGGGGAUUCUAUCACUUAGUCAUUACUAUCCUGCUUGUCCUGAACCAGAAUUAACUAUGGGAACCACAAAACAUUCUGAUAGUUGUUUUCUCACAUUGCUUCUUCAAGAUGAUCAUAUUGGUGGCCUCCAAGUUUUUCACCAGAACAAGUGGAUUGAUAUACCUCCAAUACCUGAUGCUCUUGUUGUUAAUGUUGGUGAUCUUCUACAGCUGGUAACAAAUGACAAAUUCAAGAGUGUGGAGCACAAAGUGUUGGCAAACAUCAUAGGUCCUAGAGUAUCUGUUGCAUGUUUUUUCAAUGCAGAUCUUAACUCUUUCUCAAACCAAUACGGACCUAUAAAAGAAUUUUUAUCAGAAGACAAUCCUCCCAAAUACAAAGAAAUAACUAUUUCAGAAUAUGUAGCCUACUACAAUACAAAAGGGAUUGAUGGGAUCUCUGCUCUUCAACAUUUCAGAGUUUGACUUGGCUACUUAAGUUGAAAAUUAUGAUGUAUAAGUUUAAACAAGUUUUUGUUCAUGCAAAUAUGUCAAUAUUUGCUUUUACUCUUUGCAAAACUUUUGUAGCUCAGUUGGUUGGAACAAUGCAUAAAUAAAAUAUGCAAGGUCUGGAGUUCAAACCCCGGCGGCCACUAAAAAAAAA